UAUAUCUAAAGCUGUAUUAGUUUUACGUUGGGCACGCGCAAACACGUUAUUCACUGUCAACAAGAUCAAAUCCUUGCAGUGAGGUCUCAAAUAUGAUUUGGAUACUCAUUGUUUCCCAGUUCUCCUUGGGAUUUCCAGCUAAUGCAAAUAUUGUAAAGAAACAUUGUCAGUUGAUUGACGAGUACAAGCAGUUUCAGACUACCAUGGACACAUACUUGGCAUCAAGUCACGACAUCUGUCAAGGCGAAUCUGAUAACUACAGUGAUUGUGCAAGUAUUUUGAAGGAGUAUCCCAAAGCUGAAGAUGGUGUGUACAGGAUACAACCGUCAGACGAACAAGGCUCGUUCAAAGCGUACUGUGACAUGACCCAACAUGGGGGCGGCUGGCUGGUGAUACAGCGGAGAGUGGAUGGGUUGGUGGAUUUCUACAGGACUUGGUUUGAGUACAUGGACGGCUUUGGCAAUCUCACUGGGGAGUUCUGGCUUGGUAACGAGAAGAUACACCGCUUAACCCGCCAGACAACAUACGAAUUACGAGUUGACGUAAUUUAUAUGGACGGGGAGACUGCAUAUGGUCACUACAAGAACUUCCGACUUGCCAACAUGUCGGACUUCUACAGGCUUGCCGUCAGUGGAUUCUCGGGGAAUGCAGGUGACUAUCUGGCUGGACAUAAUGGAAUGCGCUUCACCGCUAAGAAUCUGGAUUUGGACACACACAAUACCGUGAACUGUGCUGUAAGGUAUAACGGAGCAUGGUGGCACAGGGCAUGUCACAGCUCCAACCUCAACGGCAUCUACAACGAAACUACUACGAGAGGAAUGAGGUGGGGCGACAAGUCCUGUCUUCACACAAGUAUGAAAAUUCGCUCGCUUCACAGAAACAACGAAGAAUAGCGGCACGCCGAGAGGCUCCACACUGUCUUGUUAUUAUUGUUCUUAAGGGCUUAUGUAGGAAUAUGACGUUAAAACAUUAUCUGCUGUCCAUUUAAUGGUAGGUCUAAAUAAGUGCAAUAUGUGAAAUAAUUGUCAUGUUUGAAUGCUAGAUCAACAUACAUUUUUGCAUCUUAGUGAAGAGAGAACAACUUGGUUUCAGUUGCUUGACCCAGAGACCAUAUACCGUGUGUUAUGCCUUAAGGUCAGAUUGACCAAUCAGAGAGCAGAACUUCUGAACCCAUAUAACCCCGUAUACUGUCAGUAAAAAUCCAAGAUGUUGUUACUGACCUAAUAUGAGACCGUAUACCGUCAGUAUCAACCAUUUUGGAUUUUACAACACCCACCUCACAUAUUUCACUUGAAAAUUCUGGUGCAAAAAUUCGUUAUUCGGCACUGUUUCGUGUUUUAAUAUCAUUAAUUGUGAUGUACAAAAACAUCGGUGUUUAAAGAAAUUACUUCAAACUUUUUAAAGUUUUUAACUGAUAAUAUGGUCUCUGCUUGACCCUAAAAUGUUAUUACUGUUAAUUUAUCUGGGCCUAAUCCCCAUUUAAAGGGAAAGUAAAGUAAAAAAAUUAUUUAAUUUUCAAAGAUACAUUUAGUCAAUUUCAUAGAGAGUAAAAUUCAUAAUAUUCGUAGAAAGUAUUUUAAUGCCCAAAUGAAGGUGCUGAAAUCACACGCUCAAAAACAAACCUAUUUGGGGGCGUGGCUUAAAGCUACAGGCGCUGCGGUACCAACUGUUUUCAUUGGCUGAUAUGGUGAUCUACCUUGUGAUUCUUAGCCGUGUGUGAAACGACCUUUGAUCUUGACAUUGUCAAUAAUCAAAAUAACGUGUCAGGGAUUAAUCCCCUGAGAAAACAACUCAAGGAUAUAUUUAGUGUUGUAACUAAGGUAACAUUAGUCGUGGACACGGUAAUCAAAUGGAUAAGCAGACAGAAAGAAGACAUAAUGUACAUGUACCAAAACAUCCGAGGCGGCAGCCCGAUCGUCAUCUUCAAUGAAAUUGCGCAGCGCGGCAUGCACCGGGAACCCGUUUUAACCCCAUUAAGAGGAAUCUCCUCAGUGGCGGAAAGUUUCGUUUGGGGGACGAUUUCUCUUGUCGUUUCUUAUCGUCUGUUUUACGCUUUUUCCGCUUUUCAAAUAUAAUUUUGGUCAAGCAUUUGUGAUUAAGUAUACCCUUAUGUAUUAAAAUCUGCAAAGUCGCUGUGUUGACUUUACUUGCACUUUAAGAUAUAAGUGAUACUUUUAGGUAUUGUCAUCGUGAGCUAUUCUUAUUCCAAUGUCAAAUUCCUAAGUUAGUUAGUUAUGCCCGUCGCUCCUCCCGAAGCAUAGGCCGCCGACUAGUCCGCCAGAGUCCUCGGUCCUGGGCUGCCCUCUCUAGUUGUUUCCAGGUGUGUCCCAUCUUCUUGCUGUCUGCCUCGAGGUCCCAUCGCCAGGUGUUUCUUGGUCGUCCUCUUUUUCGUUUUCCCUAAAAUGGUACCUAAAUUCUUCUGGCUAGAUACCCCUAAAAUAAGCUCAAAUUUUACAUGUAGUCUAUGGAGAGACAAGAUAAGGCGUGGCAGGUUUCUAGCUGAUACAUAAUAGUGUAUGAAUUCAAUAAACAUUUAUUACUGAA